UCCACACCCUUUCUGAGGAUUCAGAGAGUCAACCUACGGACACCCUGCCCAGGCGCCUAGCACUCGGCUGCUGCUUCCACAGGCGGCCAAGGAUGACCACGCUCACGCGCCAAGACCUCAACUUUGGCCAAGUGGUGGCCGACGUGCUCUCCGAGUUUCUGGAGGUGGCCGUGCACCUGAUCCUCUAUGUGCGCGAGGUCUACCCAGUGGGCAUCUUCCAGAAGCGCAAGAAGUACAACGUGCCGGUUCAGAUGUCCUGUCACCCGGAGCUGAACCAGUACAUUCAGGACACGCUUCACUGCGUCAAACCGCUGCUGGAGAAGAACGAUGUGGAGAAGGUCGUGGUGGUGAUUUUGGAUAAAGAACACCGUCCGGUGGAGAAGUUUGUCUUUGAGAUCACUCAGCCGCCCUUGCUAUCCAUCAGUUCAGACUCCCUACUGUCUCAUGUGGAGCAGCUGCUGCGAGCCUUCAUCCUGAAGAUUAGUGUGUGUGACGCUGUCCUGGAUCACAACCCUCCAGGCUGCACAUUCACAGUCCUUGUGCACACGAGAGAAGCUGCCACUCGAAACAUGGAGAAGAUACAGGUCAUCAAGGAUUUCCCCUGGAUCCUGGCAGAUGAACAGGACGUCCACAUGCACGAUCCCCGGCUGAUACCCCUAAAAACCAUGACAUCGGACAUCUUAAAGAUGCAGCUCUAUGUGGAAGAACGUGCUCAUAAAAACAGCUGAAGGCAUGACUGCCACCUGAUGCCCAGCUGCACCACUCGGGGGCCCCAGCCCAGGGCAGUGCUGCAGGGCCCCCUGACUCCAAGUGCUCUUAUCGCCUUGACAUAUGGCCGCCCCUCUGGCUGGGCUGCUCGGUCCUGCUUGCCUUCUUGAGGCAGCCUUCCCCGGAGGCUAGGGAAGAACGCGACGACAGACACCAUUUCUCACCAGCCUCCUGGGGCUCAGCCGGCUAACACUGUCCAUCUGAAAUACUGUGUUGUGAAUUAUUGUUAAUAAAGGGGCCCCAAGGGC